AUGAUCAAGACAACCCUGCCCGAAUCAGCAGAGACGCCAGUGGAGCGACAAGACCGUGAAAAUGGAGGCUUCCCUGAGGUCGAGAAUAAGCUGGCUUUGGAUCCUACUUCAGUACUCCGAGUAGCUUCAUGGGUCGCAUACUUCACGUCUUCAGUGAGCUCGAAGCUCACCACAGGCAACCAGCUCGUCGAUCCAAAGAAACACAUUGUCUGGCUGUUCGACAACACCGCAUAUCAGCCUGAUCAUGGUCCAGUAUAUGGACCUCCUGGAUGGAAGACUCAUGUGGUCGGAUGCGUGUUUGAGAAACACGGAAGACGGGAUAUUGGACGAUGGGUGGCCAUCAUCGCUGAUUUGGUCGGUCUAGACGGCAAUGCAGGGCUCAACGACAAAAAGGCUGUCCGCAACCGGAUAGCCACGCGUGUUCAGCCCUUCCUGAACGCCGUUGUACCAAAUCGAUUCAUCGACCUAGAGGUCCCGGUUUCAAAAGAGGAGGUGCACGAGUUCAAGCUAAACAGCUCCAAAAAGGAUGGUAUAGCAGAAGAUGAUAUCCUAAUAAUCCCAGCAUUGGGCAUCCAUGACGGCUCAGUGGUGGAAUCCCAUGCGAAGCACUGGGGUCCUAAACCCCCGACGAUGAAGACUGUCUUCGCAGCUCAAGAUGGCUGGGCUGUCAUCUCAGAUGUCGAUGACACGAUCAAGUACACUCAGACGCCGGAGGCAAUAGGCAUCCUCAAGACUACCUUUGUCGAUGAUCCAAAGCCAAUUGAUGGUAUGCCAGAGUCGUAUAAGCAUAUCCAAGAACGCCUCAACCCAACUUGGUUCUACCUUUCGGCUUCUCCAUAUAAUUUAUAUUCAUUCUUACACGGCUUCCUUCGCUCACUCUACCCUCAAGGCACACUUCUUCUACGCGAAAACUCAUGGAUGGACCUAGCUGGCCUGCUCAAAUCCUUCACCCAGGGAACGCAGGAAUACAAGGUAAACCAGCUGGCCAAGGUAUUUGGAUGGUUCCCGAGACGCAAGAUCUUGUGCAUUGGUGACUCAACCCAGAGUGAUCCAGAAGCUUAUGCAGAAGCGUAUAAGAAGCACAACAACUGGAUUAAGGCCAUCUAUAUCAGGAAGGUGACUGAUGUGGCGAAUAUGGAGGGCAAAAACGAUCCCGAGAGAUUCGAAAAGGCAUUUGAAGGUGUACCGCGCUCCGUCUGGAAGGUGUUUGAAACCGCAGAUGAGCUUGACCAGCUUGUGGAAGACCUCCAGCAUUAG